GAUUGAAAAACAUCAUCAAUUCAAUUCAAUACAGUUAAAUCUAGUGUUGCCAAUUCAACUUUUGUUAGCAAACUCUUGAGUUUCAUUCAGUUUUCAAAAUGAAUAAAUUAGCUUUAAUUUCCUUGAUUGUUCUCUCAUCAACCCUUUCUGCUUCGGCUUUACCAAACAUCUUUAACUUGAAAGCCUUACAAGAUAAGAUUCCUCAACUCUCUGCCGUCGGAUCAAGCUUCUGGGUUGGUCGAUGCCCACAAACAACUGAAAUUAAAGGAGGCUUCAACCUUACUCAAUAUCUUGGAAAAUGGUAUGAAAUUAAACGAACUGGUUUAGUCUUUGAAUUCGGUCAACGUUGUGUCAAAGCUGAAUACAAACUCGACUCAGACGGCAAUGUUGCUGUAAACAACAGUGGAGUCAACUUGGUUAACUUUGAAAUCUACAGUCUUGGAACUGCCAAGCCAGGAACUCAAUCAAAUGUUUUUGCAGUCACCUUCUUCCCAUUGUCUCCAGCUGCUCAAUACUGGGUUGUUGAUACUGACUAUGAAACAUACUCUUUGGUUGUUUCUUGUAAUGAUGUUCUUGGUUUAUUCAACGUCAAGGACGCUUGGAUUUUAUCACGAAAACCAAAGUUAGAUGAAGAUAUUGUAAAUCGACUUGUUGGUAAACUGGACACUCUUGGAAUCCCAUCUUUCCUCCUUUCAUCAACCACACAAAAUUGUGAAAAUUAAAUGCUAUUAGCUUAUCAAGGAGCUGGAAAUACUCAAAUCUAAGCAUUAAAUCAUGAUUAUUUUUGAAAAAUAAAGUUGGCAUCCAAUGCUGUAAAAUUUUGCAAUUUA